AUGAAUAAUAUAGCAUAUCAACCAUACGGUGGAUACAAUCAAGAUUAUAAUGGUGGUGAUUACAACAAUACAUCUGGAGGAUUUGAUUCGAAUGGAGGAGGAUCUCAAGGUACAAGAACUCAGACUAAAAACAGCUUAACCCCAGUUACUAUAAAGCAAAUCAACGAUAGUAAACCAAUUAUCCAAGACGGAGAAUUUAUUGUUCAUAAUUUAGAAUUGAAUCUGGUGUCAUUUAUUGGUGUUAUUCGUAAAGUUACAGACAAUGCUUCCAAUUUACAAGUACAACUUGAGGACGGUACAGGUUCUAUUGAAUUGCGUAAAUGGGUUGAUGAAAACGCACAUGAUGAAUCAAAUGCUUUCCUUCAAGAUGGUAAAUAUGUAUAUGUGACAGGAUCAGUUAAAGAAUUUGGAGGUAAAAAAAACAUUCAACAUACAACAUUCCGUGAAAUCACUGAUUUCAAUGAAGUUCUAUAUCAUCAUUUAAGUGCAAUUGAUUGCCAUUUGAAGGCACAAGGUGUUAAAUCAGAAACCAAACCUAAUGAGUCAAGUAAUGGAUUAUUUGUUAGUGGACCUGCUGAAUCUGAAGGUGGUUUAUCUGUUGCUGACAAAAUUUAUGAAUUCAUUAAUGAAAACACUCCAUCCAUGCCAGAAGGUGUUCCUGUUCAAUUGAUUGCGCAAAAUUUAAACUUGUUAGUGGAUGAUGUUGUUCUUCAUUGUGGUAAAUUAACAGAAGAUGCAAAGAUCUACGCUGGUUACGAUGAAAAUGGGUUCUUGGCUGUGUAA